AUGUUACCCCAAUCAAUAAAGCGAUUGGUGGCAUUACUGUUAGCUAUGGGUAGGAAGAAGAGAGAGUGUGAAGGAAGGAAGGAGAUGAUUUGUCAUAGAAAAAAAACAAACCUAUUUAAUACUCAAGUUGUGAUAGACGGCGGAAGAUAAAUUAUGUCUGAAUAAUAAUUUGUAAUAUCAAUAAAAUUGAAAUGCAAAAAAAUGCUUUCGCAUUAAAAUUAUUAUAAAUAACAUGAGCUCAUUCUACAUACAUUGUUUAUUUUAUAGUAGAUUUAAUUAUUGAAAUACACUUUUAAGUAUUAGGCAUGA